AUGCGGAUCGCGAGGCGGCUCUUCCUCGCGGCGCCGGCGCUGCUGUUGGGUCUGCUUCUGCUCGUCGCGGGGCCGGUGGCGGCGCAGGACGCGGCGGUGGAGGGCGUGGCGCCGGCGGCGGAUGAGAUCGCGGCGAACGCGAGGGCCAAGGAGGCAGCGGUGCUGGCCGCCGAGCUGGGCCAGCUCAGGGCGAAGAUCUCCGCGUUAGAGUCUCGCAUUGCAGAGCAGAACCUGGAGUUGAAGACCAAGAAUGAUGCAAUUGAAACACUGGAUAUGAUUGUCAAGGAAAAAUCACAGAAGAUAGCUACUAUGCAGAAUGAAGUAACUUCCCUCGAGGCCAGGGGGUCUUUAGCUACAGAGGAGCAGGCAAGCAAGGCCAAUGCACGGGCUAUUGAGCUCGAGAAGCAGAUCGAGAAGGUCAAGAAGGAUAUUACAGAACAAAAAAUAAAAAAAGCAGCUCUGGAGGCUAGGGCUGGUGAUGCUGAUAAGAAGGUGCAAGAGCUGAAUACGAAGCUGGAGAAACUCCAGAGGACAAGCAGUGAUCAAAAGCACAGGAUUCAGAAGACUGAACACGCUCUUAAAGUUGCUGAGGAGGAGCUGAUGAAGGUGCAGUUGGAAGCAACAACAAAAGCUAAACAGCUGGGAGAGGUUCAUGGAGCCUGGUUGCCACCUUGGUUAGCGACACAUGCAGCCCACUCUAUGGAGGUGAUGUCAAAUCAUUGGAAGGAACAUGGGAAACCUGCCUUUGACAGCUUUUUGCAGAAGGCAUCAGAAAAAUCAGCACAGGCAAAGAAAUGGGCUGAACCCCAUCUGGAAACUGCUAAGACAAUAAUAUUCUUCUUACAUAUUCCUGAAUCUGUAGUUACUGAAAUAUGA